AUGCCUCAAGUCUCCCAACUCCCUCCACCUUACUCAAGAGACUGGGUCUCCUUCCCUCCGCCAUUGCAGGGCGAUGUAGACCAUCGCGCAUGGGCAUUUCAGCUCGCCUUCGAGAACGCGCGCGAGCUUGUCCGGUGGACGGUCUUGAUGACUUUCAAGGAUUGGCAACAGGAAUGGAAGCUCAAAGGUAGGGAUGUGGCGAGAGGGAAUGUACAACAAGCAUACAGCCAAGCGCCCGAAGAAUUGAAGCUGGCGGUCGAUUGGCAACUGAAGUGGGACAUACCCAUCAUCCUGCGCACAGCCGAUGGUCGACGAUGGCAUGAACAUGUUCGGCGAAAGGAAGCGGGGACGUACGAAGAGGUGCUAAGCCCUGAGAAGUUCGAGAGGGAGUUUGACGCGGCAUUACCGGAGGUCCAGCACGCGGCCCUGGACACGUUCUCCGCGUGGAAAUGGUUUCAUGAACAGGCCGUCAUAGGUGCGCCAUAUAGACAUGACGUCGUAUCAUCGUACAAGGCGGCUUCUCGCCCACUGAAACGAGUAGUCUGUUUCGUGUUGGAAAUGGCCAUCGACUGGUGUCUGCAGGACACUCGGCAGGUGAUCGAAUGGGAAGAGGACAUUAACAGAAUGGUCGAAGAACAGCGAGCCCACUCCAAGCGCUGGAAUCAAAGCGGUAAGGGUGCAGGACUCUGGUAG